CUGCAUCCCUCGUAUCGAUAUCGGCAUCAUGAGCAGCUUCGAAUGGCGACACUGGGCCCGUCUCCAGUCCUACUCCUCUGGAUUCAUGAUUCUGACAGGCGGCAUCAUCUCGCUUUGGUAUCCCAAUCUGAUUGUCGCCAUCGUGAACAUCUGCCUGGGGCUUAUUAUCAUGGCCUGGGAGCACCCCAUUCCGCCCUUCAACAAGCUCGGCUUUGUCAGCUCCAACUACUACCUCCGGGCCGUCUUCUAUGCCGGCGUGGUCGCAGCAAGCAUGUUCCAGGCGCCGACCAUGACUGGCGGAUUCUGUCUGGUCUGUGCCGUCUUCACCUAUCUGCGGGCAGCGAUCAACGGUGAAAAGGUGGGUGGAUCUAUUGACUUGCUCGAAGCUUCCGACACAAGCGACAGCUCAGAGUCGGCCGUCUGUCAAACUUGCAGCCUUUGAAAAGGCAGUGCAGCUGUGCAUAGGCGUUCCUCCUCAGCGGUAUUCUACUCAGCCAGACCUGCUCGCUAACCCAACCCACUCCGCAUGCUUGAUUUAGUGGGAGGCACCAAAGCCCAAAGGCGGCCGGAACGCCAAGGGUAACGGAUCC